AUGAAUAUUCAAUCACCUUUAAAAACUGAUGUGAAUAUCACAGUUAGAGAAGAGGAAAUGAGACUCAAAAUGGGAGAAUUCAAGUUCACAGCUCAACAAUUGUAAAACAUCUUUACACUGAAUCAAAGAAGAAGGAUGUGUGAAGAAAUAGACUUCCUUUAAUAGCUAGGAGGCUUAGGUAUAAAUUAUUAUAUUAUAAUUUAGAUAGCUUAUUGGAUGGAUUAUGUACAUCUAUUAAUGGUGGCAUAGAUAGUAAUGAUAUCACCAAAAGAACAGAAUUAUAUGGUCAUAAUAAACGAGUUAUUCGACCACCAUAAACUUAUUGUGAAUUAUUGAUGGAUGCAAUGGGAGACUUUACUAUGAGAAUAUUGACAGUUGCUGCAUUUGCAAGUAUUGUUAUUUAGGUUGCAACAUCUGAUGACGAACAUAGAUCAUUAGCUUGGAUUGAAGGUUUUGCUAUUUUUGUAGCUGUAAUUGUAUGUACUAAUGUUGCUGCUUUGAAUGAUUACUCAAAAGAAAAGCAAUUCCGUAAGUUAAAUGCUGUAAGUGAGAAAUCUAAAAUUGUGACUAUCAUUCGUGAUGGAAAAGAACAUAGAAUGCAUGAAGAAAAUUGUUUGGUUGGUGAUAUAGUUAAAUUAGUAGAAGGUAUGGAGAUACCAGCUGAUGGUAUACUCAUAGAGGCUUCUGAAAUAAAAAUGGAUGAAUCAUCUAUGACAGGAGAAACAAAUUCAAUUAAAAAAGGAACUAUCUAAUAAUGUUUGAUGAAAAAAGAAGAAUUGAUUAGUGAAGGAGCUGAAUUUGGAGAAAAAGAUAGAUUUCUUAUUCCAUCUCCAGCUUUAUUGUCAGGUACUAGAGUUUUAGAAGGUGAAGGAGUUUUUCUAGUUUGUGUUAUUGGAGAUCUAUCAUGUUUAGGUUAAAUCAAGGCUUCAUUAGAAUAGGAGGAGGAUGAAGAGACACCUUUAUAAUAAAAAUUAACUAUCAUAGCUGAAGAUAUUGGAAAAUUAGGAUUAUAUGCUGCUAUAUUGAUUGUGAUUGUAUUGAUGAUUAGAUUGGCUAUUGAAAGAGGUAUAGAAGGAGAAUGGGAUCAUAGUAAACAUUGGAUGGAAAUACUUAAUUUUAUUAUAUUAGGAAUUACUGUAUUAGCAGUUGCCAUUCCUGAAGGAUUACCUUUGUCAGUUACUAUAUCACUAGCAUAUUCAGUUUAAAAAAUGAUGAAUGAUAGAAAUUUAGUAAGAAAAAUGUAUGCUUGUGAAACUAUGGGAGGAGCUGAUUCUAUUUGUUCAGACAAAACAGGAACUUUAACUAUGAACAAAAUGACACUUACUAAAAUGUGGAAUUAGAAUUAUAUUGAAGUAAAUUAUCUGGCUAGAGAAUAAGAUUUAGGAGUUUUUGGUAAAAUCAAAUAAUUGAUGAUUGAAUCUAUUUGUUGUAAUUCUUCAGCAGAAUUGGAUCCAGAAUAAGGUUCAAAAACUGAAAUAGCUUUAUUAGAAUAUAUGAGAAAAGGUUAAGUUGAUUAUAAAAAUAUAAAAAGUUCAGUAAAAUAUCUUCAAAAAAUACCUUUUAAUUCAGGUAGAAAGAGGAUGAGUGUAAUUGUAUCUACUUAAAAGAAUGGUUUACCUGUUAAUCGAUUAUAUAUAAAAGGUGCAAGUGAAAUAAUAAUAAAAUGUCUAACUCAUCAACAUACAUUUAAUGAUGAAAUUAUUGCUUUAUCAGAAUAAGAUAUUAAAUAAAUAGAAAAUAUUAUAAGUGAAAUGGCAAAAUAAUCACUUAGAACUAUAUGUGUUGCUUACAGAGAUUUAAAUGGAAGUGAAGAUUUAGUAAGUAAUGAUGGAAAAGUGUAUUAAAUUGAAAAAAAUAAUUUAACUUUCUUGUGUCUUUUAGGAAUAAUGGAUAAUUUAAGAGAGGGAGUAAAAGAUGCAGUUACUCAAUGCAAAAAAGCAGGUAUAAAAGUUAGAAUGGUUACAGGUGAUAAUUCUGAAACUGCAAGAGCUAUAGCAUUAUCAUGUGGAAUCAUUGAACCAGGAGAUAGUAAAGCAUUAGUAAUGGAAGGUGCUGAAUUUAUGAAUAAAAUAGGAGGAAUAGUAUGUAAAAAUUGUCAAACAGAAUCUUGUAAAUGUGCUAGAACUUAAAGUGAAGCUGAAAAGAAUGGAACUUAAUUAAGAAUUGAUACUCUUGGUGAUAUGGGAAUAUUUAAAACAUUAUAUCCAUAAAUAGCAGUUUUAGCAAGAUCUAGACCUACUGAUAAAUAUGCCAUGAUUGUUGGUUUAAAAGAAUGUGAACAUAUUGUUGCUGUUACUGGUGAUGGUACAAAUGAUGCACCUGCUUUAAAAAAGGCAGAUGUAGGAUUUGCAAUGGGAAUCUCAGGAACUCAAGUUGCUAAAGAUGCAGCAGCCAUUAUUCUUAUGGAAGACAAUUUUAGUGAUAUUGUAAAAGCUGUUAUGUGGGGUAGAAACAUUUUUCAAUCUAUUCGUAAAUUCCUUUAAUUUCAAUUGACUGUAAAUGUAGUAGCUGUUGGAUUGACUUUAAUUGUCUCAGCUCUUCUUAAAUAAGAAGUUCUUAAACCUAUUUAAAUGUUAUGGGUAAAUUUAAUUAUGGAUUCUUUUGCCUCAUUAGCUUUAGCUACAGAACCUCCUAGUCCUGUUUUAUUAAAUGAUAAACCUUAUUCAAGAGCAUAAUCUAUAAUUACAAGAAAAAUGCUGAAACAUAUAUUUGGUUAAGCAGCAUUUCAAAUUGCCAUUAUGUUAAUUGCAGUAUUUUUAGCUCCUGAAUUUGUUCCUGAAUAUAAAGAUGAAUUUGAUGAUAGAAUCAAUGAAUGGUUAAAGGAUAAAAGUUAUAAUUAAUUUCCAUCAGAUUUAGAUCACCCAAAAUAUAAUUUAGAUUAUUAUCCUGAAUAAUUAAUGAUUAGAAGUGGUAGAAUGUUAACUGUUGAAGGUGAGGAUGAUUAUGAACCUGUCUAUAGAGAAUUUAUGGUUCCUAGUAGACAUUUCACUUUCAUUUUCAAUAUGUUUGUUAUGAUGCAAUUAUUUAAUUUCUUAAAUAGUAGAAAAUUGAAUGAUGAAUUCAAUAUAUUCUAGAAUAUUUGCAAUAAGUAUUAUAAAUUAUUUAUUAUAGUUCUCUAUUCAUAAUAAUUGUUUUCUUUAUUUUUGCUCUCCAAAUAAUUUUGAUAACUUUUGCAGGAAUAGCCUUUUCCUGUUACACUUACUAUGGUUUAACAAUUCAAUAAUGGUUGAUUAGUAUACUAAUUGGAGCAUUUGGAUGGAUUGUUAGUGCACUAUUAAAAUUAAUUCCAGAAUAAGCAGUAAAUAUAUAUAAUUUAAUCAUUAUUUAGAUAUGUCCAGAAUCUAUUGAAUAACCCUCUUAAUAAGAAGAAUAACGAAAGCCUUCUGGUGUUUUGGAAUUGCGUCGUGGUUCCUCGAUUAGACGUUCACAAAGACACCAUGAGAUUUAACUUUGA